AGCAGUUAUAAAAUAAUUAUAUUUACCAAAAAUAACUAAACAUAAUGUUUGCCAUAUAUUUAUUAGCAUUCAUUGCUAUUACAAACGUAUUCGCAUUUCAAUCCAAUGAUAUCUACGACGAGGUGAGGGGUUCACGAAAUUUGACGGGAAAAGUAGUUUUGGUGACCGGAAGUAGUUCUGGAAUCGGCGAACAAAUCGUGAAACUAUUCUCGGCAUUGGGGGCCAAUGUUGUGGUCACCGGUACAAAGGAUGCGGACAUACAGCGAGUGGUCAAAGAGGCUCAAGACUUAUCGCCGCAAAAGCUUAAACCAUUAGGACUGGCGGCAGACCUCACAAAAACGGAUGAAUUGGAAAAACUAGUGAAUGAGACCAUCAAGACGUUCACCAAAUUGGAUGUAUUGGUCAAUAACGCGGGUAUUUAUUUGACGGCUAAUCUUAUGGACAAAAAAUUUUGGGACACUUUCGCGGCGUAUGAGAAAAUCGAUGUCACGGCGGCCCUACAGCUCAUACAACAGGCCGUCCCAUACCUGCAAAAAACAAAGGGAUCUAUCAUUAGUAUAUCCAGUGUUAUCAUACAGAGACCGCAAAAAGGUAUGUUAGCUUACGGACUGGCUAAGGAGUGCCUGGAUAUGUCUACCCGGCAAAAAGGUAUGUUAGCUUACGGACUGGCUAAGGAGUGCCUGGAUAUGUCUACCCGGGUAUUAUCGCUAGAGUUGGCACCACUGAUCCGAGUGAAUGCAAUCAGUCCCGGCUCAGUGUUGUCCCACCCGUUGAAUACGACAGACCCGGUGGCUGUGGCCCAGUAUAACAAGACCAUCAAAAGCACACCAUUGGCCAGAAUAGGUCAGCCCUCGGACAUCGCCAAAGGUGUGGUAUUCCUGGCCUCUAGCGAUGCCGAGUUCAUCACCGGUCAUAAUCUGGUCAUCGAUGGCGGACUCAACUAUAACAUGGACUCAAACUUUUCUAAUCCAUAA